AUGGAUGAAAUUUGUGCUAAUAAAAGAUGCCAAAGGGACAACAUUACCAAUCGACAUUAUUAUGAGUUUGAAUCUUUCAAUACCAUAUUGGAUUUGAUCAUCAUUGAAUUUGGCGAUCGUUUUAGUGAGGCUAGCACCAAAUUACUUGACAAUAUGGCCGCUUUGAAUCCAUGUGCUUCAUUCUCUAACUUUGAUGUAUCAAAGUUAGUGAAGUUAAGUGAAAUGUAUCCUUAUGAUUUUGAUGACAAUGAAAGAAAGACUCUUUUGCAUGAACUUGAGUUGUACCAUGAUAAUGUGCAACAUGAUGUAAGAUUUGUUAACUUGAAUAGUAUCACCGCUCUUGCAAUGUUAAUGGUGGAAACAAGGAAGCAUCUUUCAUACCCUUUGGUAUAUCGUCUAGUAAAGCUAGCAUUGGUUUUGCCCGUUGCAACCGCCACAGUCGAGAGAUGUUUUUCGUCAAUGAAGCUUGUAAAGACGGAUUUGCGAAAUCGAAUUGGUGAUAUGUUCUUUAACUCAUGUUUGAUUUGUUCGAUAGAAAGAGAAGCACUUGCCAAUGUCACGAAUGAACAAAUCAUAAAGCGCUUUCUAAAUAUGGGUACUCGCAAAGGACAAUUGUAA